UCGAGUCUUCGCAGCCUUCGCCUUUGUCCAUCACUGUUCGCACCACAAACCAUCAUGGCCUGGCGCAAUGGAGCUUCUUCCUUGUCGCGUUCCUUGAUGUCUGCGGCCAGGGCACCAUCUGUGCGUUCCUCUUCAGCUCCGCUUCCCCGCCUCCGCCCGUCGACCACCUCCGCUCCCCGCGUCCAGUCGCGCCGGCUCUCCUUCUCUCCUUCCAGGAACUUUGGAGAGUUGGGAUGCGUCCAGUCUUUCUUGCCACUGCACAGUAUGAUUGCCAAGACCCACCUCACUUCUCAUCUCAAUGCUAAAUUGCGGGCUUUCUGCGAGCUGUCUCAUGGAAGGAAUGGAAAAGACGGGUGAUGCAUCAGUCAACCAAAGGCGGAGGAUUCAUGCCAUAACCGUAGGUUCUCGUUUCUUGUGAUAUCUUUUGUUUUCAGAAAGGAUAAAGAAAAAUGAAUUCUCAACUUUCUUGAGUUAGAAGAUGAUCUUAUGAACACCCUGAAGCAUUAUGCAAAUAAGAGACAUCUACAGACUACAAUCGACAUUCCUGGAACAUUCCUAGGUUUCCUGUCCACUAAACUGGUUUCCACUUGCUACUAUACUACUUUCCCUCUGAAAUUCCCAGUCAGAUUGUCCGAUUGAUUUCCAAGUUUGCAGAUCUUACUGAUGCACUCUUCCAGUGCAUGGCAGUUACCAUUCCUUAGGGUCCUAGAAACCAUUGAAUCUGAAUCUAAUACUUGGGACAAAGUUGACAAAGGAGACAUCUACAUGCCCCAUUGUCUUGCUUGCUGUCCAUUGUUCCUGUUUAUCCACUGAGCAUGAUUUCCAAGCUUUAGUUGUAUGUUUCAAAUCUUUGACAGUAUGCAAUUUUGUUUUUGACUAGAAAACCGUGAUUCCUGUGCGGCAGGAAUGACUCUCUGUGUAAACGAUGGCAUUAAUCACAUCCAUCACUACUCUUAUGGUCUGAUUCGUGGAACUCCAACUGACGUUUGUAUAAUUUGUUCGUCCGCCAGGUACUUAAAUAGCCAUUGGUUACGCAUAACAAGUUAAUUAAAGUCAGAAAUCGGAAGGUGGGCUGUUCUGGUGGGGAACUUAGGCUGUUGAAGUACGGUUUUGAGCGAUGCUUUUAAUAGAGAUGAUUCUUUUUCUUAAGCUAGUUGCUCGAUAAACCAUUACCACUCCAAACUUGUAUGACGAGUUAGCAGACAAUUUUGGUAGGUCAUCUGACAUGAUUAUUGGACAGUUUAUUUUAUGUCAUUGGUUAUUUGCCAUUAUUAACACGUUUGAAAUGUUAAGUCAUCUCUUCUUCCAAGUGUCAUUAUAUGUCUCUGCCGAUUGGAUGUAAAAAUCUAUAUAUCUAUGUACGGUUGAUUUGACUAAAGGGCAGAAGCCCCUCGGGCUCUGUACAUGUCGAAGUGUCUUACGUUAAAAGACUCUGAAAAAUUGAGACUUAAUGAUUUGUUAAUGAUUUGUUGGUUAACAUGGUAUUAGAGUUGGUUUUAUCAAGUGGUUAUGUGAUCAAUCUCUAUUACUGUCAAUAUUAACAGUUAAUUUGAGCACAAUGUAUGAUGGGUGAGGAAUUUUACAAUGCUAUAUAUAGCAUUGGUACUAUAGUUUUUUUUUUGUCUUUGUGGUUAUUGUACAACUUCAUAUUGUACUUGUACUCUUGUACAAAUUCUUAUAUGGUAUAACUUGAAGUUGUACUUUUAUAUGAUGGUACAACUGUAAAGUUGUACUAAAACAUAAUGGUACAAAUUUCUUUAUGGUACAACAUGAAAUUAUAAAUUUAACGUUAGGGU